AUGCAAGUCGAGAAUUGCAUCUCGCCUGCGAGUAAUCUCUCCAAGAAAUUUAUGAAUGUGGGCAGUGGCUUUUCGAGCUCCGAUGGAUCAGAGCUUUCGUUGCAGGACCAUCCUAUUAUAUCUGCAAGUGACAACCUGGAGAGAAGUUCACCUCUGAAAAAAAACUCCAGGGAGAUGACGAAUCAGUCAGAGGCAGACAAUUUUCCCGACUCCAAGGACGCAUCAGGGGACGUACAGAGGGGCAAACUCUCUCCUGAUCUUCACGGAGUCUCUGACAUCCGUCAUAAUUUCGAUGGAUCUGCAGGAGAAAGGUGCAUCUUUUCUCCAUCUACCCAGCCACAGUCUGUCUCAGCAGCUACCAGUGCCAUGUUCCCUUAUCCGAGUCAGCAUGGACCAGCGCACCCGGCUUUUUCUAUUGGAAGUCCAAGCCGCUACAUGGCCCAUCACCCGGUCAUAACUAAUGGAGCUUACAACAGCCUUCUGACCAACACUUCUCCUCAAGGCUACCCAGCGGCUGGCUACCCGUACGCCCAACAGUAUGGACACACUUACCAAGGAGGGGCUUUUUACCAGUUCUCCUCGGCGCAGGCUGGACUGGUUCCGGGAAAAGCGCAGGUGUAUCUGUGCAACAGGGCCCUGUGGCUGAAGUUUCACAGACACCAAACAGAGAUGAUCAUCACAAAGCAAGGGCGACGAAUGUUCCCAUUUUUAAGCUUCAACAUUUCUGGCCUUGACCCAACUGCUCACUACAAUAUAUUUGUGGAUGUUAUACUUGCUGAUCCAAAUCACUGGCGAUUUCAAGGAGGCAAGUGGGUUCCAUGUGGAAAAGCUGACACAAAUGUAAUAGGAAAUAGGGUUUACAUGCACCCGGACUCACCAAAUACCGGUGCGCACUGGAUGCGUCAAGAAAUAUCAUUUGGAAAGCUAAAGCUUACAAACAAUAAAGGUGCCUCCAACAACACCGGACAGAUGGUGGUUCUACAGUCUCUCCACAAGUACCAACCCAGGCUCCAUGUGGUGGAAGUAAACGAGGAUGGGACAGAGGACACCAGCCAACCAGGGAGAGUCCAGACUUUCACCUUCACAGAAACGCAAUUCAUCGCCGUCACAGCUUAUCAGAAUACCGAUAUUACGCAACUGAAAAUCGACCACAAUCCGUUUGCUAAAGGAUUUCGAGACAACUAUGACACUGUCUACACAGGCUGCGACAUCGACCGCCUAACUCCAUCACCGGGUGACUCUCCGCGUUCACAGAUCGUGCCGGGUGCGAGAUAUGCCAUGCAUAGCUCUUUCCUGCAGGACCAAUUUGUCAGCACUUAUGCCAAAUCUCGCUUUCACCCUGGCGUGGGGACUGGUCCUGGCACGGAGCGCAGCGUCCCACUCGGCAACAGCUUGCUAUCCCCGCAGCAAACCGAGGAGCCCAGUGUUGCCACCCCCCCGCAGCGAUGGUUUGUCACCCCUGCCAACAACCGACUGGACUUUGCUGCCUCGGCAUACGACGCCGCUGAUUUCGCCGGUAACGCGGCCACCUUGCUGUCCUACGCAGCGGCCGGAGUGAAAGCUCUUCCCCUGCCGACUGCAGGCUGCUCCAACCGGCCUCUUGGCUAUUACGCAGACCCGUCAGGCUGGGGAGGACGCACGCCGCCGCAGUACUGUGGCGUAAAUAGCAAAUCCAGCUCGGUGUUUUCCUGCUGGCCCGCUAACUCUAUCGGCGGCAGAGCAGGCACCAACUACCUGGCCGAGGAGGGAGACUCCAUCCCGACGGAGAGGUCACCCAUCGGCUCUGAGGAGACCAAACCCAAAGACAUGACAUCAGAGUCGAGCUGGAUAGAGACGCCUUCCUCCAUUAAGUCCAUUGAUUCAAGCGAUUCUGGUAUCUUUGAACAGGCCAAGAGGAGAAGAAUUUCACCUUCUGCCACGCCAGUUUCAGAGACAGUAUCCCCGUUAAAAUCUGAGCUACUGCCCCCGAGAGAAAGUUGUAAAUGUUGUGAACCGCGUGGACAAGAGGAUGGAUACGAAAGACCAAGGGGCUCAGAUAGAGCCGCUGCUGCCAACGUAGACACAGAGGGAGAGCUCAUGCAUUCUGAAAACUUGGAGGCUCCUUGGAUCUUCACCUAUCUGAGGAAUGAUGAUGAGGCCGUGGUGGACAGAGGAGGAACACGGUGCCAACAGAGAGCUGACUUGGACGACGAAGAUCUUGAAGGUCACAGGACUCUCUACAUUGGGGUCCAUGUCCCCUUGGGCAGUACGAGACAUCGCAGUCAUCGCAGGCAUUCACGUCACCAUACAGUCAAACACAAGCGGAGGGGCAGAGAGCGGACCUUGAUGGAGGAUAGAGAUUCUCCCGUUUAUGACACUCCCUCCCAGAGAGUGCAGUUCCUGCUGGGGACAGAGGAUGAUGACGAGGAGCAUAUUCCUCAUGACCUCUUCACAGAGAUGGAUGAAAUCUGUGUGAGGGAGGGAGAGGAUUCUGAGUGGAGGGAAAGCGCCAGGUGGCUGAAGUUUGAGGAGGAUGUUGAGGACGGAGGAGAGCGAUGGAGUAAACCCUAUGUAGCCACUCUAUCUCUACAUAGCCUGUUUGAGCUGCGCAGCUGUAUUAUCAACGGCAGUGUGCUGCUUGACAUGAGGGCUAAUACCAUUGAAGAGAUUGCAGGAAUGGUGCUGGACCACCAGGAGUUGUACGCACCAUUGGGGGAUGAGCUCAGAAAGAAAGUACGUGAAACACUGCUGAAGAAGCAUCAUCACCAGACGCAUAAGAAACUGGCUAACCGCCUGCCAAUUGUACGGUCCAUUGCUGACAUGGGUCGACGGUCAUCUGAAAACCACCUGGACAAGAAUGGUCAGAUGUCAUCGUCCCAGCCUCAGUUAGCUGGUCAUGAUGGGAAAGGAGACAGCAACAGAGAGAACAGUGCUGUGGACUUUAGUAAGACAGACAUGCAUUUCAUGAAGAAGAUCCCGAUAGGAGCAGAGACGUGUAAUGUCUUAGUGGGAGAGGUGGAACUUCUGGACAAGCCAGUGGUGGCGUUUGUCCGCCUUUCACCGGCGGUCCUGCUCAGUGGGAUGGCUGAGGUCCCCAUUGCCACCAGGUUUCUGUUUAUUCUCUUGGGGCCCUUGGGUAGAGCGCCCCAGUAUCAUGAGAUUGGAAGGUCUAUUGCCACACUUAUGACAGAUGAGGUUUUCCAUGAUGUUGCUUAUAAAGCUAAAGACCGUAAUGAUCUGAUCGCUGGGAUUGAUGAAUUCCUCGAUCAAGUGACAGUCCUGCCUCCAGGAGAAUGGGACCCAUCCAUACGGAUAGAGCCACCAAAAAAUGUACCUUCUCAGGAGGGGAGAAAGAAAAGUAACAAUGCAUUAGGAGAGGGUGAUGAGGAAGAAGAACCUGGUGGUCACGGGGGUCCAGAACUGCAGCGCACUGGAAAGUGGUUUGGUGGUCUCUUUCUAGACAUCAAGCGCAAAGCACCUCACUACCUGUCCGACUACUAUGACGCUUUCAGUUUGCAGUGUGUGGCCUCUUUCCUAUUCCUCUACUGUGCCUGCAUGUCCCCAGUCAUCACCUUUGGAGGACUUCUGGGCGAGGCAACAGAAGGACGCAUAAGUGCAAUUGAGUCACUGUUUGGAGCCUCACUGACCGGAAUAGCCUACUCCUUGUUUGCAGGGCAGCCUCUUACCAUUCUGGGCAGCACAGGGCCAGUGCUGGUCUUUGAAAAGAUAUUGUUCAAAUUCUGCAAAGAGUAUGACUUGUCCUAUCUGUCACUGAGAGCCUGUAUCGGUCUGUGGACAGCUUUCCUAUGUAUACUGCUGGUGGCCACAGAUGCUAGCUCCCUUGUUUGUUACAUCACACGCUUCACAGAGGAAGCCUUCGCCUCGCUCAUCUGCAUCAUCUUCAUCUACGAGGCCUUGGAGAAACUUAUCCAUUUAGGAGACCACUAUCCCUUUAACAAGAACAACAACCUGGAGAAACUCUCCUUGUACUCAUGUUCAUGCGUUGAACCUUCUGACCCGACCAAUGGCACCCUAAAGUAUUGGGAGACCAACAACAUCACUGCUUCGGAAAUCUACUGGGAAGCCCUGGAGGUCAAGGACUGUAUUGAAAAGCAAGGGGAGUUUGUGGGCAGCGCCUGCAGCCCUCAUGGACCAUACGUUCCCGAUGUUCUCUUCUGGUGUGUCAUUCUCUUCUUUUGUACUGUGCUCCUGUCUGCCUUCCUCAAGGAGUUCAAGUUCAGCAAUUACUUUCCCACAAAGGUGAGGUCCAUCAUCAGUGACUUUGCUGUUUUCUUCGCCAUCUUCAUCAUGGUUUCGAUCGACUAUGCCUUAGGGGUCCCCUCUCCAAAACUAAAGGUUCCAAGUGUAUUUAAGCCAACCAGAGAUGACAGAGGUUGGUUCGUUAACCCGCUAGGGCCCAACCCCUGGUGGACGGCAGUCAUAACAGUGGUUCCAGCUCUGCUUUGCACCAUCCUCAUCUUCAUGGACCAGCAGAUUACAGCUGUUAUCAUCAACAGAAAGGAACACAAACUAAAGAAAGGCUGUGGGUACCACCUGGAUCUGUUCAUGGUGGGAAUUAUGCUUGGUGUGUGCUCUCUGAUGGGCUUGCCAUGGUUUGUAGCAGCUACUGUCCUCUCCAUCACCCACGUCAACAGCCUGAAGCUCGAGUCAGAGUGCUCUGCUCCUGGGGAGCAGCCCAAGUUCCUCGGCAUCAGAGAGCAACGGUUUACUGGCCUCAUGAUCUUCACCCUCAUGGGCUCCUCUGUCUUCAUGACAUCUACACUUAGGUUAAUUCCUAUGCCUGUGUUGUACGGCGUAUUCCUUUAUAUGGGAGCAUCUUCUCUCAGAGGCAUACAGUUCUUUGACCGUCUUACACUGUUCGGUAUGCCAACCAAGCACCAGCCAGACUUCAUCUACCUGCGACAUGUACCUCUGAGGAAGGUGCACCUCUUCACCAUCAUCCAGCUCAGUUGUUUGAUUCUUCUCUGGGUUAUCAAGACCUCCAAGGCUGCCAUCGUCUUUCCCAUGAUGGUGUUGGCUUUGGUGUUUAUCAGAAAGCUAAUGGACUGCAUCUUCUCCAAGAGAGAGAUGAGCUGGCUGGAUGACCUUAUGCCAGAGAGCAAGAAGAAGAAGCUUGAGGAUGCUGAGGAGGAGGAAGAACAGAGUAUACUGGCAGAAGAUGACGGAGCAGUGCAAGUGCCAUUAGAAGGGUUCAAAGGACUACCCAUCAUAAAUAUCACAGAUGAAAUGUCAAAAGGUUCUUUUGGAAAUACGUGGAAUGCCAACAGCUAA